GUACAUCACUCCUCUCCACAAGGUCGGUACUGGAGGUCAUAAUCACGUCGAUAAGGGUGGACAAAGUUUCAGUCACGCGAGUCGGCUCCUUAAUCAACUGCGUCAGAUUCAAGCUGUCGCACAGGUCUUGUAAAGCUACAGCCUCCGGGGAACGCGGUUUCAACAUAUCACAGUUCAGGUCAGCAGCGACAAUGAUGUUUUUCCCUAAUGUAAGCGCUUGAGAAAACUUGUCCAUAAAGUCAUCAACAAAACAGGACACCGGACAAUAAUCGGGUCGAUACGCUACACAGAGCACGAUGGAUCUUAGCUUCUUUAAGUGAAGUUUUAUUAGCCGUCGCCGUCGUUGCUGCUUAAGCUCCCUAAUAAUAAUCUAAGGAUACGCCGUUUUUUGUUUGUUUGUUUUUUUUUUAUAGCGAUGAAUAUGCUACGAUCCUCAAGGAUGGCCAGGAGGCUAAAACUCACCGGGGAUGCAAUCCUCUACGCCUGGAUAUGACAACAGUACCAUUCGGAGAUUCAAACUUCCUUAAAGCAGAAGUUCGAAUACAGUAUCCGCAAAGUCACUUUUGGACUUCUUUCGUAAUUGUCAAAGGAGGCCUUGAAUCAGGUUAUUAAAUUAGUGUUUUGAUUAUAUUUCUGUUUUUGUUUUUUUUCAGGCUCUGCCGUAGUUUUAAAAGUCUGGUAAGGUUUGAAUACCCCUGAGAAAAAUCCGGCAUUUCCCGCCAUUUCCCCAUUUACUUGAUACUUGAUACGAGUAGAGGCUUUUGCUUCUGAAUUUGACUUUCCUAUUUUUCAGUAGCCUGAGAAAACGGCCGACGUUUGACGACGCUAACGCUGGUUCCCCGCCAAAUGACGUCUGAGAAACGAGCGCAGAAAUUCCAUACUGAUGACGAGUCACUACCCAGAUCUGGGUAGUGCUUCUGAUUGGUUGAAUCAAAUUUCCCAAGCGUCACGACCAAUCAGAAGCACUUCCCAUAUCUGGGGUGUGACGCGUCAUCAGUAUGGAAUUUCUGCGCUCGUUUCUCAGACGUCAUUUGGCGGGGAAACCAGUGGUGGCGUCGCGAAAUUUCGUCUGUUUUCUCAGGCUAUUUUUUCAGAAAGACAAAAGUUAGCAAUUAGUGAUUCGUCGUUUUCCGAUAAGCUAUUUUUUAACUUUGUGUUUUUCUUUCGUUGUAGCUCUUGAUCCUCCUUCAUCUUGGAGUUUAACAGCUCAAGCGAGUGGCAAAAGCCUUAUUUUAGACUGGAGCUCUUUCCCAAAUGAUUUAAACACCGAGUACUUCAUAGUUUUUCUGAAUCAAACAGAAAUUCACGAAAAUAAUGAUCAUCGUUAUGACCAUGAAAACUACAAUCCUAUACGCAUGCUCAGGUUUUUUAACCUUUCGGAGACGGAGGUCAACGUAUCAGAUAUUCCUGCAGCCACAGAGUUCCAAGCUGUUGUCUAUCUCGUGGCCGUAAAUAAUGAUAUCUACAAAAGUCAAACACUCACCAUUAAAUCUGCUGAGGGCGGUAAGAAAUUAAAGUUUUUUUUUUCUAUACACCCUCGCAAGAUAUUCGAAGCCAAGCGGGUUGUCAGCAAAUAGUUGUGGUUGCUGGAAAUAAAUGGAAAUAUCAAAAUGUCCUUGCAGUUCGAUUCAUCAAUUACGAAAUUUCACGGUUUCGUUUCAGGGUCAUUAAGUCAUAUAGUUUUUCAAAGGCCACACCGAUAUUUUUUAAUCGCUGUAAAAAUGAUUUUAUCCUUGUCUGAUCGCUAUACAAUUUUCUCCAAUGAUUGACUAUGGAUUGAAAUUUGUCAAAAUGUAGGUUUUAGUAAAAUCGAUAUUACUAUGACAACAAUAAACAAAAAAGUUUGAAAUUGAUAAACUCCUAAUUUUGCGCGAUCUAGACCAGCCACUGAAAAUCCGACUAUGGGAACUUAAAGUUUGGUGUGUAGCAAAUAACCUCCGUAAGAAGUAAAAAAUUCUGUAUGCUUGAAUUCGACUACAACGGAAAUAUAGUUCAAACCUUAAAUUUUCAACAGCCGUGAUAGAUUAUUUAAAAAAAAAAAAAACGUUAUAAAUGACUCAAAUUAUUCUUAAGUAACGUCAGAAUGCUGCUUAAUAUGAUAUUUCCAUGCUAAGAAAUUUUGGCGUAUUUUCGUUCUUGCGAUCUUAAAGACUAACCCGUUUUUCACCACCUUUCCAAGGGUAAGUUCAUCCAAAAUUUGGACUUUUAGCGCUUUUUUGGAAUAUCUUUGAAACGACUCAAACGAAUUUUUUUUAAAAUCUCUUCACAUAAUCUUCAUAAUGUAUAUAAUAAUGUCUGAAACUUUCAUCGAGAUUGAUUCACUGCAACACCUUGAAAUUUCAAGACAAACCUAUUCUACGAACAAGUCAAAAGUCCGCGCUACAACAUUCACUGUUUUGACGUUAUGCCAAUUUUUCCAAAUUAAUGCGGACAACAGACAUAUCCAUGACUAGAACAUUUCAGUGUGAGUAUUGUCAAUGUUUUACAUUCAAAAGAUGCGAUAAAUUCAAACUAAAAUGUUCUAGUCAUGGAGGUAUGUAUAGUGCGCAUUAUUUUGGGAAAAUUAGCAUAACGUCAAAACAGUGAAUGUUGUAACGCAGAUAGGUUGACAGGUUCGUAAGAUAGGUUUGUCUUGAAAUUUUAAAAUGUUGCAGUGAAUCAAUCUCAAUGAAAGUUUCAGACCUUAUUAUAUGAAAAAGCACUAAAAGUCCAAAUUUUGAAUGAAGUUGCGCUUAGACAGGUGGUGAGAAAACGGGUUAGUUUUUCAGAUCGCAAGAACGAAAAUACACAAAAUUUCUUAGCAUCGACAUAUGAUAUUAAGCAGCAAUCUGACGCUACUUAAGAAUAGUCUGAUUCAUUUAUAGCGUUUUUAUUAAAUACUCUAUCACGGCUUUGAAAAUUUAAGGUUUGAACUAUAGUUUCGUUUUAGUCGAAUUCAACCAUACUGAAUUUUUUACUUCUCACGGAGAUUGUCUUCUAAGCACCAAACUUUUAGUUCCUAGUGUUGGAUUUUCAGUAGCUGGUCUAGAUCACACAAAAUUCGGCUUUUAUCAGUUUCAAAGUAUUUUGUUUAUUGUUGUCAAGUAAUAUCGAUUUUACUUCAAGCUACAUUUUCACAAAUGUCAAUCCAUAGUCAAUUACUGAUGAAAGUUUUAUAGCGAUCGGACCAGGAAAAAGACACUUUUAAGGCGAUUGAAAAAUAUCGGUAUGGCCUCUGAAAAACUGUAUCGAAACACCUUAAACCCGAUGCCACUGAAUUGUAGAACAUUCUAGGAGGCGCUUUUCACUAUGUGAGCACAGUUACUAACAAGGGAUAGGAAAACAAAGUAAAUGCAAUACACCAAAACGCUUAGGGUGUUAGGUACUGUUCAUAUUUUGGCCAUCGUAAGAUAUGCCAAUUGCUCACUGAGUCAGCAACUAAUUGUUGUUGCUACGGCCUGAAAUGUGUGCAAUGCCAUUAUUGGUUUUGCUCAAUUAAACACUACAAUAGAUUGUAGAAAUUUUAGCACAAGCAGCCCGCAAUUUGCGUGCAUGCAAUUAGUGACAGGCCGUAUUGAUUUCGAUCGAAGAGGACAGACGGGAAUUUGUUUUUGCUGGAAAUAUCUAUGAUAAUAUGCAAUUCCAAGAUAGUUUUGGAUCCAUGACAUCUAAUACCAACGGGAGAACAUAAGGAGGAGGAGGAGUCACCUACCGGCAGUGUGAACAAAGUUUCUGACACGACAUAUGAGUUAGGAAUACAACGUAAAAAAAGAAAUAACUAAACAGGCGACAAUUGGAGGUUCUGAAGAGCUACAAAUCUAAUGAACUAAACGCAAAGUUCAACUUAACAUAAGUGUACCUGAUAAAGUAUGUUUGCACACUGCCUUAAGAUUUUUCCUAUAGUCUUAGUUUAUUUGAUCUUGCCAACUGUCGUAAGAGUACUUAACUGAUAGAUUGAAAGAUAUUAGAAAGAGUCUUUUGCACAUCUUAAAGCUGCAGCAAAACUACCUUGAUGAGUCUUUCCACUCUAUUACCAGGAUCGUGUUCUAGAUCCGUAAUUGCUAUGACCAGCUCUGCAUGAUUUGGCAUAAACAAGAACUAUAGGGCACCUUUUGCUGGUGAAGCGGGAAAGAAAAGUAAAAGCUACGCAACUCACUGCUUGCCGUUACUUCAGGGGUUUCUUGUUAUAGUAUUUAGCUGUUUCAUUACUUGUAACUCUUCCAUAUUUGUUUAUUUUCUUAUCAAGUACCCAGUGAAGCACCUUAUAUCCACGGCUGGAGACAAGACAUUGAUGCGCGCAGCAUUUCAUUCCGAUUAGAAUCCAUUGAAGAGAGAAAUCGUGGAGGAACACUACUGGGAUAUAAGAUGAGAUAUCAUCGAUUUGGUAGAGCAGGCGAUACAGUGUACCGGGACUUGGACGUGAAUACUGAGCAAGUUACUUUGAAUAAUUUAAUUCCCGGGAAGGUUUACGUUAUUUCCAUUUCAGGAUACACAAGCGCCGGAGAGGGAAAAACCAGAACAGUCUCUGCUGCGUGUAAGUUUUGUAACCUCCUUCGCAAGGUCCUUUCCCUGUCGGUGUAGGGAGGCCGAGUGUUUGUAGUCUUAUAAAUAACUACGUAGGCAGCUGUCUCUCGUCUCUCGUUUUCCAUGUUUACUUCGUAGAGUAGACAAGAGAAGGGAGGAGAAACAAAAAAAAAUUAAAGCCCUGAGAAAGAUGAAACACAAGAGGGUUUUGCUUGGCUCAAUUGACAGCCACCGUUCGGGAAAAAGAGCCCGCACUAGUAUCAAAGACCUGGCUCGGGAGAAUGGCAGAAAUCGAACCUAAGGUUUAACUUGCGUCAUGAAUGCUAUAUAUACGUAGGUUCCUUAUGUUACUGCUUGUGCUCAUGUGUUUCUCUUAUAUAUGCCUUACUUCGUCUUAUGCAUAUCCUUGAAAAGUAACUUGAACCAAUCCUUACGUUUUCUAUAGCCACCAUUAUCCACCAUGUAAAAAUAACCUACAUUGCAUUAUUUAUGUUCACAACGUAAGCGCUGCUUCCAAAACAUCCGUAACGUGUUUUCUUUACGGUUUAGGUCAAAAUUAAUAUCAAGUUAAUAAUAAUAAUAAUAAUAAUAAUAAUAAUAAUAAUAAUAAUAAAGAUAAUAAUAGUUGCGUUCGUAGAACGCCAUCAUAAAUUUGUUAGCCAGAAAAAAUCGAGAGUUUUGGCGACGGACUUCCAAAUAACUUCGCCUCUUGAAAGAACGUAGCGUCGUCCUGGGUACGAACGAUAGGAUACAAUACACAUGACUUCUUUCGACCGAUACUGGAUGAUUGUUGAUCAACGUGACUGGAUCGGUAUAAUAUAUAUAUAUACAGGAAACUUUCAAAGUGUUUCUUGAUCUGUUUUCCUUCUUAUGCUCGAUUCAAGGUUUUCCUGAUGCUUGCGAAGUUGCGAAAAUCAAGUUUUAACGAGAACAUAGGUGAAUUCUGCUCUAUUAUUAUUAUUGUUGCUUUUAUUUUAUGGCGCCUUAGAUUACUUGGAUAAAGUUCGAAUUCAGGCAUAUGCGAUAAAGUGCGUUAAGAGAGCAAAUUUUGGUGUACACGGCGUACAUACAUACGUACUUUCGACUAUCGUUUAGUUACUUUAAUAAAUUAAGGUUCAUGAAUUGGAGAGUGGAUCUUUCAACCUUGAGUCACAUCUUAAGCCCUUUCGAUGAUUUGAGUAGAUAAUAAAAACCGCAUGCAGCGUUCAAGUUAAAUAACUAUUGCUCGAGCCUUUCCCGAUAACACCGCACUUUAUUUAUUUAAGCAAUAAUUUAGAAAGUUAUUAAAAGAACUCUACAAUAGAAGCCUGUAAAAAUAUAUGGUCUGCCCCUCAGGCAAGUUAAGGCAUCGGUUGAAAGGCUAAAAAGACCCCCCCACAGCGACUGCAAGGAUCAUUUUUAAUGACGUAGAAGGAUCUAAGUAAAGGGUUCCACAAAGAUAUGAUAAGACAUAUCUUACUAAAAAAGUUUUGGAAAAUUCAUCCCAAGCAUCACGUGACAUUCCUUGGACCAUGACGUCACAAAACCUGUUUUUUUCAAACGGGGUAAGUUGUUAAAAAAAUACUUGUCAUCAAAUUGUCAGCGAAACUGUCUAGAUUGUCAAUUAGCCUUGCAAGAUGGAUCGAGUUAUUUAAGUCUUUUAUAAGUCACGUGACAUGUUUUUCAUUAUUUUGUAAUCCUUGCUCCACCUAUGCAUACACGCAGGGCUAUUUCUUAAUAUCCAGGCUAUGGGAAAAAACACUGGUGCCUAAAAAUAUUUGCUGCUCUUUCAUUUCCUUUCCCCCGUUUUAAUUUGAACACUUUGAACGUUGACGAUCAUUUGCAGGUCACGUGACUAAUAUUUCAACAAUGAAUAUGUCACACAUUGUUAAGGCCACCGAGCUAAAACUAUUUGCCAAGUUUCAUGACCACUGAUCAAAACAAUCCGUCUCAAAUGCCUCUUCGCCAAAUUAUGCAAAUUGUGAGGUGACCCAUGCCUUAACAUGCCUGAGCCGGAAAUAACUCGCUUGGCAUAUCGAACACACUCUUUAAUCUAUAAUUACCCCUAGUUAAUAGUAUAAAAGGGGAAGAGAUGGUACCCACUUACACGCCAUUUUCCACAGGUAAGAUAUUUUUAGAUUCGUUCCCAGACUGUAGACUCCAAGGGGAUUAGACAACAGCUAAACAAAUGGCACCAGUAUUACGCGUUCACGACCUACGCUCAUAGCUACGCUCCCCUUACGUUUUAUCAUGUAUAUUUACUUCCUUUUUUUCCUCAAUUUGUUUUGUCUCUUCACCAAAAGAGACAAGAGAGAUUGAGGAUCAACCUAGAUUAAAUCGAAAUUAACCUGGAAUCAGAUUUGGCUUUUAAAGUUUACACAUAAUCUGUCACGCACAAAAAAAUAAUUAGUUUUUCUACUUGUGUCUUAGUAUGUGGUGGUGUAAUAAAUGCACAGAUGGGAAAUAUUUCAAGUCCUGGCUAUCCUAACACUCCAUACAGGCCUGAAGACCAACAUGACGACAAUAUCCGCUGUCACUGGAGACUUCGACCUCCGACCGGGUCGUAUAUGAUGGUGACAUUAAAGAACUUCUUUCUUGGCCACAGAGAAUGGAAUUAUUGCAGGUCAGUGUUUAUGUACAUGUAAAGCCUUCUUCAAUGUCCCUUGAAGAGAAUGUACCGGAGUAUAAUACAUGGUCAGCAUAUUAAGUAAGUUAUUAAGAAUAACUUUUAUACGGCAACCCUUAAGACACGAUUCAACAGUUUUGUAGGAUUACCUUAUUAUUUUGUUGAAACUUGUUGUUCUAUUUAUUUAUUUUUUAACCGAUGGCUUAAUACAUGAAUAAACAAAUAAUUUUACCGCCCUAUUUUUCAGUGGGCAACUUAGAGUACACUUUCCUGAUCGCGACUGGGACGAAAGCAUGAGUAUGGAAUUUUGUGGAAAAGAAACGAAUUACUCCAUUCUCAUAAAGAACCGGGAUGUUGAUAUACAAGCCUGGGGAUUCCAUUACCAUCGACAUGACGACGAGUUUAGGAAAAAUAAUGGUACCAAGUUUCUAGUCGAAUUUAAGGCUUUCUCUGAAGAAGACUUGACAGGUAACGUUUAAUCUACAUUUUUAACAGUUGUUUUUCAAAAUUUGCGUUCAUUCUAUAAAAAUGUUUUAUUUCUAUUCUUAAUAACUGAGUUCUUGUAUCAAUUAUACUAAAUUUAGCAUAUUUUAUCAAGUUUAUUAUAACUGUUAUUAGUAGAUACACACUAAGUGAUCUUGGUGAUUCAAGCAAUCCGAUUGGUUCGUUUUUUCGGACUAUGACGUAACAUUUACCACGCUAGACGAGGUGUUUUGCCAAAGUUUCAGAGUAAGGACUUGUUGAACAUAUAAGAAAAUGCCGAGUGUAGUUGUGUUUCAAGGUAGGAAAAGACAUUAUGGUGUUUUUUUUCACUGUUUUGUGAACUCGGGAUUUCCUCGAAAGACGAAUUGAAAUAGAAAUCAAUUUAUGGGGAAAAAAAGGAAAGCAAAAUUUUCGCAAAUUUUAUUGCCAGCAAGUUAACAAGGCAAUGAACACCACAGAUAAACAACCCUCACCUCGAUCGUAGCCGCUGUUGACAGCAUUUGCAAGAAGCAACCAAAAAGAAAAAAAACUUACUCACGGUGAGUUGAAAGAAGCAUAAAGCUCCGCGUCUCUUCUAAGUACUAAUUCAAACUUUGGAUAUUUUCUUUUAAACCACUGAUGCAAAAGCUUACAAAAAGAUUGACUAUGAUUUGCCGUGUUUGAAAAUAAUGUAAAGUUCUAACGUUUGCGCAUGUACUGUUUACGGCUAAGUUAACGCGUGAAUUAACUCGGUAUUUCAACUUAAAUCGCUUUUUCAGGUUUCCUUUCUAAUUCUCUCGGGAUCACUUCCUGUGUAUAUAGUAAUUUAAAAACAAUCAUUUUUUUUUUCAAUCUCGGCAAAUAGCGCCCUUAGGAAUAUUUAUCUCGAUUUCAAAGGAUAAUUGUUAAAUGUGUCCAGGUUUUUCAGUGACCAAAAAUACGUGGAUUUUUAAAUAACGGGUUUUGUAGCUGAAAACGAACAAAUUCAAAAUGAAGAGAUGGUGUAUGGCUCCAAUUUCAGUAAUUAAUAUCGUAAAUAUCAAUAAUGUGUUAGCGGAACUAUAUUACCAUUAAGGCGUCCUUCGCUUUAUGGCUACUUUUCAGGAAAAAGAGAUGAAAUUUGGCUUCUGCGAAUAAAUUUAACAACAUGACGCCACAAUGACGUAGAGAGACCGGUCUUAUUGCUGGUUUUCAGUGUCACGCCAUUCAAAAUCGAUCGAAAUCAAAAUCAAAACCGUUCAAUAGUUUCAUGCCAGAAUCUGGGAAAUCAAAGGAGGUAAAUAUACAAAGACCCUCGCCAAGAUUCGGGUCAGAGGAAUAUUUCUUAUAGAGAUAUCCGAAGAAAUGUUUUACUCAAAUUUAAAGGAAUUUGUAAGAAGACGCCAUGCUGGUGCCCACCUGGAUGGACACCAACAUGGCGGACGGAAACCAACAGAAACAUCUGUUACCUAGUUUUGCUACAAAAACGUGAAUUUAUCCCUCGAGGAACUCAGAAACAUCAAAGUAAUACUUUUUCUGAUACAUUAGCAGUUUAAAUAGCAAAAUUCCCGGAAAUAAGUCACUUUUUUAAACCUACAUUACAGCUCUCUCGGCCGUCAUGUAAAAGCCGCGUCACGCAAAAGCUUAGAAAUUUAAGCGUACUUUAACAUAAAACAAGAACGCUUUUGAAGUGAAAAUUUGUGUGAACGAUAGUUUUCAGCUGCUCUAAUACAUGAUAAAAGUAAAAUCUCAGUAGGAUCGAUAGUUUUGUAGUUUGAAUUUUAGUGACGUCAUGUGACAACCAACAAUAUGAAACACGUGCUAAAUGAAUUCAACAACUCGAUUAUUCUAUUCUCCUCUUCCCAUCAGGGUCAGUGUUAGGAGACUGGGAAGUAACAAUAACAAAUGUUACCAAUUCGUCAGCACUCGUGUCGUGGCCCCCGCCCCCGAGUAGCUUUGCGGGUGGAGCCACUGUUGAGGGGUACCUUGUAAUUGGCGAUCAAGCUUCAAGGGAAAUAUACCAUCCAACUUGGUUAUCGGCAUCUCAAAGUGCUCACCUCGUUGAAAACCUGCUUGCACGAACGAACUAUACUGGUAAAAUCGUGGUCAUUCUAAGUAAUGGAACGCGUGGCAGCACAGACUGGAAAAGUUUUCAAACUAAAGAAGGAAGUGAGUGGUUAAUUUUACAUUAAGAGUUUAUUAAAUUUUAUGCAAUUCAAUUCACUUCGGUGAUUCUUAACCAAUGAACAUUAUUGAGAGGCUAAACAGUCAAGAGCAAAACCUAAACAGCUGUUAAAGAAGUGAUGAAGUGAAAAACCAUCGUUACUUAGUCCUGCACAUGCUACGUGAGAACUUUAAGGCUCAACUAUAUAUACUUUGUCAUAAUAGAGUGAAACGUAAACAUCUGUUAAAGAAUUGAGGUGAAAUAAUAUCUUUUUUCGGUCCUGCUUAGGUUGAAAUUUUACUUCAAGAAUUUUAAAAGAAGGCUCAGUGUUAGGUUGCUUAGGUUGAAAUUUUACUUCAAGAAUUUUAAAAGAAGGCAUAUACUACUUCGUUAUAAAAGAGUAAAAUGCUCGCAUUUGACUAUUGGUACAUCUAAGUGAUGGGUAUUUAAGAACGAUGGAAUGCAGUUUGAAGAAAAAAAAUUAAAAGCUCUUUUAUCCCAGGUCACUUUGUUUCAAUAUGGUGAUUACCUAUGAGGUCUCCGUUUAUGACUUGCAUUGUCAAACUUGGCGCCACUGUUUUCGGGGAGCCUCUGAUUUUGGAAUAUUUAAAGUAUGAUUUAUCUUCUUGUUCCCAGUUCCAUCUAGGAACCCUCGCAUUUACGAGCGCAAAGCCACCGACUUCAGCACUCUUUGGAUCAGGUGGGAAAAGUUGGAGGAAAGUGCAAGAGGAGGAACUCUUUUAGGAUAUCGAGUCCACGUGGAAGAAAACUACCAUGGUGGUUAUAGACCCAUAAACUUGUUUUUCAAAGUUAAAACUGUGGGCCCUGAUGAGUUUGAGUAUAACAUAACAGGACUCCCACAGUGGACUGAGUUCCAGGUGUGGGUUACAGCCUACACAGCAGCUGGAGAAGGAAUCCAGCAGAACAAAGAAUGGAUAAGAACAAGUAAGUCAUUAUUUUCGACUUGAAUGCUUCAAAAACAAAAACAAAUCAAAUUGAUAAAGAACUCUAAAAUAUUUUGUCAGGUUAUUUUUUAUAUUGUCCUCGAUAGCGAUUCUGGUUGUUCCUGGCGAUUUAUGGUUCCGACGCGCUGCGCUCUUGGGCAUACAACGCUGUAAAAACACUUUUUGUAAUAUCAUUGUUUACAGUGGGAACCUCAAAUGUUGCUUAUAAUUUGGAUAAUGUAUUACGAAAAGCACAAAAGUGAUUUAUAAUUAACUACUUUGAUAUGGACAUCAUUAUGUUGCUCCAAAAGACUGAUUGGUCAGUCAAUUUACCAGGUAAAUGGAUUUAUUUAUGGUUGUUGAUAGGGGAAAGGUCACUGGGGAAAACUUCAGAAUUUAUUAGUCCCUUUGAAAUUUGUUCACCCACCUGAUAAACUCGUGAAAAACAACAACAACAAACAAAGAGAAACAAAAAAUACAUUCAUUCUCAAUUUGCUUUUUGUAAUGGUAAAAACGGGAGCCGCAAUGUUUUAUCAUGGUUACAAAUUUGAGCGCCCACAAAGCGCAAAAUUUUAGAUUUUUUUAAGCCUGGUAGGCAAUUUUUUCUUUUCGCUGUAAAUAUUAUAUGUUGAUUCUUGUUUGACACUGUUUUAAAAAAAACACACACACAAAAAAAAAUGUUUGUAGAAAAUAUUAUAUUCGCUCUUGAUACCUUUUGUUAUAUUACAGAACUAGUUAGUAGACCAUUUUGAUGGUUUCUUUACUUUUCAUCUUAGAAUGCGGUUGGUGGCUGAAUAGCACUACCGAUUUCAUUCGAAGUCCCGGGUAUCCUAACGAAAUGACCUAUUCUGAGUGCGUCUGGUACAUCCAGUCAAGAAACAAAAGUGUCCUGUUGUGGUUUGUUCAUGCUGAUAUUGAGCACGAUUGCGAGUAAGUUAUUUUAAGACGGAAUCCACCAGGAAAUUGAGUAAUUUUAAUUUUCAGUGGACAAAAAUCGUGUACCCGAAUAAUUUAAAGAAUAUUACAUUCUCUUUUACAUUUUUCAAGGUCUAAAGAUGUAAUAAAUCAUCUGUAGUAACACCAAAGAAAAUUUCUAAUGGAAGUCCGAGAAAAUAAAUGUCAAAUUUCACAAGAAUUGUGAUUAUGCCAGGUAAAAGUCUAAAAAUUUCAUGUGUAAGAAGCAAUUUAGUGAAAUUUGACAUUCAUUUUCUAGGGCUUCCAUAAGAAUCUUUUUUCGGGUGUUACUACAGAUGAUUUAUUACAUCUUUAGCCCUUAAAAAAAUGUAGAAAGGAUGCAAUAUGCUUUAAAUUAUUCUGGUACAAGAUUUUUGUCCACCGAAAAUCAAAAUUAUUCAAUGUCCUGGUGGAUUCUGUCUCAAUAAUGAAGACAAAUGUGUGAGGUUCAGAUUAAUUACACCGAUUUACAUUUUAUUCAUUUAAGUGCGUUUUAUGCAUGUCGCUAUCCACCCUGCCAACAGAGCCUUUCUUUGGCUUGCUAAAUUUUGGCGUCCAUGAGCGAGUAAGAUCUUUGUUGAGCAUGCGCAGCAUGUUGUUAUGAUAUGGUUUCGAAUCCAGGUCUAAUAGCCGUGCGCUUGCUACAGUGGGCUCGGUUAUGACCAUAGGUAGUUAUUAAUAAUAAGAUGCUUGGAAGAAAACUAAAACAACAUAAAUGAAAAAAAGAAAGAGAGAAAGAAAACGAGAUUGAUUAGUCUAGAAGUUUGGGCCUCGGCGACCUCAAAGGUUGGACAUUAUUCAAGCAGAGCUGCCUUUUCUCCUCCCUACUGAACAAGAAAAAAGAGGCUUUGCUCGUAGGAUGGUCGUUAUGGAGUCGAUUCAGGUAUUACAUAAUUUUUCAUAAUUUAUGCGUCGAAUUAAUCAAAUGGGUAGUUUGCAGGCUUCCAGGAUGUAAAUAGGAUUACAACCGAUAUAAAUAAUGCUAGGUCACAUUACAUGCAUGUGUCUGGGAUUAUCAAUUAUGGUGUCACUGGCUUCAGCGUUUAAAGAAAUAAAUCAUAAAAAGUAAUUCAACGAAUCCGACAAAAGCAGCCACUCCUCCUCGCCUCUCGCCAAUGGAGACGUUUCGCGAGGAGAAAGGAGCGGCUCAGUUCUUUCGCUGGCUAAAUUCAAAGAGUCUUGGUUUUUAAUCCACAGGCGCCAUUUUGUGGCUGUUGGAGAUGAUAGUGGUGUUGAACCAAAAAGAUGGUGCGGCGUCACCUUUGAACAUAAACCUGUCCUCGUGCAAGCGCACAGGGUGCCUUUACUCUAUGAGAGUCACAAUCAUAUCAGCGAUCAGAAAAAAGGAUUUGAAUUGGUUUAUAUAGUGUUAAAUGAAUCUACAUGGGAAGGUAGGUAUAUGCGUAACCUUUAUUUACUAGAUAUCUUAGGGUGCAACUCCAUGAAAAUUGAAACGUGUAUGGGGGAAUAAAAGGACGGGAAGACAGGUUAUCACUUCCAAAAUGAGAGUUGUCUCCCCUUCAAAAUACUUUUUGCAAUAUUUUCUAUACCUGUCCAACAUCUAAAAGGUAAUCACAUGACUUUCCAACGAUGAAAAGAGCAAGAAAAUGAAUAGGAGAGUUAUAAAGAAUCUAAUUCGAAAUGUCCUGUUUACGAUAUGCCCAGAAUACAUUCAAGAAAAUUGACGUUUAAAAAAGAGUUCUCAUAGCCGAGGAUAUUCCCUACCAAAUCGUGAUAACGAUUUCACACUGGUAUUCCAUAAAAUACCCCUUGCAAAGGAACGCUUAUCAUUAGAUGAAAAAUGCUUUGCGUUUUUUAGUAACACAAAUAAUCAGAAAUGAUAUAAUCACACGAUCUGUAUAGUUAAUGGUUAUUUAUAUAUAUAUUUUUAGCUACCCUUGUGCCAAACUGGAUCAUAUUUAACAUCACGAAGAUAGAUCUUGACAAGGUAGAAGUUGAGUGGCAUCAUCAUCCACCAGUGACGUAUCCGCUCGAAUUAUUUGCAUAUGCGGUGGUUUGUACACCUACCGAUGGAAAGCUAGGUCCAACCCUCACAACUGUUCGUGGGAAUAUAAACAGAACGGAAGUACAUCGUCUGAGACCCGGAACUAAUUUUUCCGUGGAAAUUGUUGCCUUAAUUUAUAACAAUCAAACGGAGGAGAUCACUUUAGAAAGAAGUCAGAGCAAAGACUUGGAGACUGACGAAGGAGGUAAAACGAUCUUAGUUCUUAGCGUACAGUGUACUUGCAUAGGUAGAGUCACCCUAGCCUCCUAGUCGGGGCAAAUUUUCCGUUUCUCUAUGUAAACACUUCAGUUGCCGAGCCUAAAUAAUAUAUUUUAUAAGAAUAUCAAGGCUUGAAUUUGUAAUAUCUUAAGAAUAUGAUAAGAAUAAACCCAAGGCUGAAAAAAAUAUAAUUUUGUGUGCUGAAAAAUCGUGUAACUUAAUCGUGAAAUGAUUUCUUUCUCUUAUCUUAUACCACAAUACAUUCUAAAAAGGACAAGUCAGGGGCUACAAUUCAAUUUAACAAUAAUACAAGAAUAUUUUCAGCCUAAAAUCGUAAGAAAAAUAAUAAUAUUCAGCCUGGGCCAGAAAAACAAAAUCAUCUUAAAAAGAAAAGAGUGUGUCAAGUGCAGUUCUUUUUACUCGAGGUUGCGUAGCGCCGAGAGUCAUAAUCUGCAAGCCGUUUUUCUUCUUCGUAUUUAGGACACAAAAGGGAGGUCGGUCUCCCAGGCGUUCCUAGCGGAGACCUCGGAAACUGGGAAUAAGAAUGGUGACGACUUUCAUUGUAUGCGAGUGAGACUCGUGGUGAGCAUAUGGUUUAUUCUCGGCGAUGAUUGAGGUGAUACGCGUAGUUGAUCACGUUCCGUAAUUUUGCGUAGCAAUGAUGUAAUCUUUUCCCGAAUCAAGACCCUUGAUUUUUGUGUUUUCAUACUCGCGUAUUGAAAAGCAAAUUUCCUGAAGAAUACUCGACGGCCGAUAAAGUAGGACGGGAAAAUAUUAUAGCGGAGGAAAUCCUGUUUCGUUGUGUAUUGAGGCAUUGCUUUUCUCAGAAUAUUGACGCAAUUACUGGAACUCUACAGUUAAAUAGAUUCGAUAUUGCAGAUUCAGCUUGUUGUAUGUAUUUAACUGAUAGAUUUUCGUAGUUGUUAAGUUGUGAAGUCGCGUUGUACUUUAUAAAUACCUGACAUAUCAAUUAUUUAAGCUUCAUCACGCACUCUAUUUGUAAUAGAAACUACUGGUCUACAAAUUAAACCAGUCUAUUUUUUUUUGAAGUUCUCUAGUUUGGGAAAUGUGUAUUAUGUUAUUUUUCAUACUGACGUCUUCAUUGAUGUUUCCUUGAUGUCGUAGAUUUGCAAGGUCUCGAUCUUGGCCUCGUGGUAUUGCCUGUUAUUGUGGAAGAUUGCUUGAAAUUACACCAUUAUUGCAUAGACAUAAUUGGAAAUUUUCACUUUAGAUUUAUAGACUUUAACGAUUGAACUUUAAUCUUUUUUCCAUUUUAAGUUUAACCUGACUAUUCUAUGUGCCAUAAUGCAGUCAGUAGUUACAGUGUAUUGCCUGCGCACUGGGUUAUUGAGAAUUUAUCUCCUCCUCGUUUCUUAUCUAAUCUCCAAUCAACCUCGAGUUAACACUUCAAGGGUGUCUUGUUCAUUGUAGUUCCAUCGGAACGUCCCAGUAUAGGAAGGACAAAUACCUACCUCGACGAUUCCACAUUCUUCUAUAUCACGUGGAGGCCAAUUCCUCAUGACAAGUGGAACGGUAAUCCCCGUGGAUACAAAGUAUUUUAUCGGGCUGGCGAUACAGGAGCAUUUCACUCAAAAUCAGUCCCACCAGAUGUCCUUGAGGCAAAUAUUACGAUUGAGAGCGGCCCAGCACCUUACGAAAUCAGGGUGGCAGCCUUUACCAGAGCUGGAGAUGGACCGAUGAGUGAUCCCCGAGAACGGCGAGGUACCUUUGAGAGUAGCCUUGUUUCAUUUAAAUGAAAUGCUUUUGAUUAUAAUUCAUAAUGUUAAACGUAGGCUCUUUCUAGCGAUGCUCACAUGCAGGUUCUAGGUAUUCAACUCUUCCUUUUUCCUAUGAAUCUGAAGAAUCAUUGAUCAUAGAUUUCAAGUGCGCGCAAUUUAGCUGUAGAAAUAUUUUACCGUGCUCUUUGAAAACUAGACUUUGUAGAAUGGGUCAACAAUGGGGUGUUGUGAAACAAGAUUCUUGAGACCAAAAUUAGUUAGACUCAUAACAUAUGACUAAAGACAGACCUGCGCGGAUUCCCAAUGUGGUUUUUUGUGGGUGCGUCUUAUUAUCAGCUUCCUUCAAAUUAUAUUUUUUCAUCUUAAAGGCAUGUGUUUUAGAGAUUUACCUGUAGGAUAAUUAUAAUCGGAGGUAUUUUCUUUUAGCAGGGGCUGAUUUUCUAUUAGACUCCAGUUUGCCAUCAGGGUCUUUUUAAAACCUUGUACCGCAUUGAGUACCGUUAAACUUGUUUCUAUAGAAUUUGUAUCUCAAGGAGCCUUCAUUAAUAUUUGAAUAAAAAAUAAGGAAAAAAUGGGGAAAUUUCAGCCAAAAGCUCGCGGCAUAUUGCGAUGACUUAACUGAUUGAUUUUCAGCAUACCAAGCUGACGUUAUUGGAAGAAUCGGUGUAUUCACAAGUCCUGGAUUCCCACAGACCAUACCUGGAAAUUUGGAGUGUUACUGGGGUUUCCAUCCAGUCUAUGUUCCUCAGCGCUUCCGGAUGGUGGUGGCUUUUGAGGCGGUCUACCUUAGGGAUUCCGAGGGAGCUCCAAACUGCACGUGAGUAGAACUCGUUUUUCAAUAAACUGUUUUUUCAAAACAACUAGGAAGCUUAUUAGCCUCCAUUGCAGACGUUUUUAGGGCUUUGUCACGAGUUCCAGGCUUUCGCGAGAAGGGGAGGAUUGUGUGACGAACCAAAAGUUCGUCUGCGCGGGAAGCUAAAAGCUUAUAAAAAGAUAGAAAGCUUAGCAGCAAGUCAUACCCAGAGCACACGUUCUCGAGCCUCCCGUUUUAUAUAUCUUUUUUCGUUUGAUUCUAUUUCAGAAAUUUGCAAAAUGAUUGGAUGGGAGUUGCUCGCAUUAACCCUUUGAGGUUCAUAUCUGGCCCUUUCUGUGGAACCUACCGUCCCUUCGCUGUGCUUUCCUGGGAACACACAACCGAUACUCCUUAUAUGGGCUUUUUCACAGGCGAUGGACCAGCUAAUCGAGGCUUCAAUGCCACUUACUUUGUUGUCUUUGAUGUUUCAAAAAUGAGUAAGUACUGUAACUCUUGUGUAUUAUUUUUGUUUUAUAGCCAAUGCUUCCUUACCUAUUUUCUUCUUCUGUGUUGUAAAUAGUGUAUAAAUGAAGCUCAAUAGUUUCCAAAUUAGGGCUGAAUUACACCAUAUGAACGAAAAAUAAGUAAACUGCAGUAAUGCAAGGGGUCAUUAUUGCAAUGGAUAGCUCAAAAGCAAUAUAAGAACUCAUCUGGAGGCACGAUCAGGUUGCGAAAGUUGUUCUUUAGAAACGCUGCCAAAAUUACGAUCUGCAGUCCAAUGAAACUUGGUACGAUCAUUCUCCAGAGGCAGUAAUGGAAAAUGACCAAGUGAAGUUACUGUGGCAUUUCAAAAUUCGGACAGAACAUCAAAGAGACCAUAACAGGCCCGAUUUAGUCGUACUACAAAAGGCAAGCAGAGUGUGCCAAAUCAUCGAUGUGGCAUGUCCUUUUGAUAUCCGAAUUGCAGAAAAAGAACGAGAGAAGACUGACCACUACCAGGACUUAAAAGUGGAAAUACAAAAGAUGUGGGGGACAAACGAUGUUGGGGGACUUGGGGCAGUUACCAAAAACUUGAUGUUAUGGGUUACUAAGAUAGGAACAUCUGGGAUCUUGAGCUUACUCUAGAAAGCCUGUUUGUUAGGAAAAGCAAAGAUCUUACGAAGGAUCCUAGAAACCUAAGGCUAUAGGAAAUAGCUUGAUGAUACGUGACCAACGAUACAACUAGUGGUGUACGAUAUGAACAACAACGAUGAUGAUGAUAAUAAUAAUAAUAUUAUUAAUCCUACAGAUCGAUAAUAUUAGAGCCUGCCCGAAUUAACCUUUUUAAAGAAUUAGGAAUUAGGAAUACGAGAUUUUAUUCUUUUUAACUUGUUUUCUUUUUUAAUAUCAGAGACGGAUAACUCUCGUUUGUAAUGACUUAAUUUAGAACUCUAGAACUGCCUGCAAGAGUCAUUGACCGCAUCUGAGCCGCAACGAAUGUAUUUUGCGAAAUCGUCAUUGACACAGUGAUUACUAUUUUUAUGAUUUAUGAAAUUCUUAAUGUUAUAUAGUGCUUAAUUCUUACUUCAAAUAUUUCUGUAAAUUAUGUACAUAUAUUUUUUUAAAGUUCAAUAAAAUUAUUAUAGCUAUUCUCAAAGGAGACUAUUUUAUGGCUAUGUUUGAUGGACGAAGCGCUAAAAGUUAGAUAACAAAAUAUUGUAGCGGCAAUCGUCUCAUUUUUCUCACGUUAGGUCUAUCAGUUGUCUCUGGGACUAUCACAGAUUACAAUGUACAAGUAGCCUGGACCAAUACUGAUAUACCAGAACAGAUUAAAGAGUACUUUAUUUUCUACAAGCCAGUCAGAGAAGAGAAUCAGCAAAUAAAAAAUGGCUGGAGUUUCACAAGGUCUUCCCAGCCCUUGGCCACACUGGCUCCUCUUCAGCCUGCUACCGAAUAUUCUGUUUUUGUGCUGGGUUACACGUCAAGCCGCAAAGUGUAUGGAAGCAAUGACGUUAAUUUCAUUACCACUGGAGGUAUUGUAGACUAGUAUUUUUUGCUCUAAAUGUCAUAAAGACCUACUUCAAUACUGUCAACAACGAGAGUAAGAUUCAUUCAUUCAUUCAUUCAUUCAUUCAUCCAUGCAUCCACCCUUCUAUUCAUUCAUUCGUUCAUUCAUAAACAGCAAACCGUGGUAUGACAAUACAUGCAGACAGUUAAAGAAACAAUUACAACACCUUGCAAGGAAAAUGAAUCCUGCAACUCGUAGGUCUUUGCAACAGGAAUAUUUUGCCCUUAAAAAGAAAUAUGAAAAACAGGUCAAAUUGAUGCAUAAGGAAUACAAAAGUGAUCUUAUUGACGAGAUAAAUGCAUUAAGCUCGGAACAUAGUCAAGACGUUUGGAGGCAAAUAAAAAAACUCCGAAAAUAAAGUACCGUAGAAGAAAACACCCUCAUAUCUCCGGAAGCAUGGAUACAUCAUUUUCAACAAUUACCUUAUGAUAACAAUGAAACAAAUGAAAAUACAAAUUUUGCAAAUGACUCGGACGAAACAGAAAAUUUGUCAGAUGAUGAAAUCUUAGAAAAACCGAUCACUCCAAAAGAAAUCCACGAACAUAUAUCGAAACUGAAAACAAAGAAAGCAAGCAGCAUGGAUUCUAUUCUAAAUGAAAUGAUCAAACAUGGUCGAUAUUUUUUGCUUCCCUCAUUAGAAAAAAUCUUUAAUGAUAUACUUAACAGCUGUAAAUUCCCGACUGAAUGGAAUAUUGGCGUGAUAAAACCCAUUUAGAAAAGGAAAGGUGAUAGAAGGUCCCCAGCAAAUCAAAUCACUUUGACAAGUUGCUUGGGCAAAUUGUUCACAUCAAUUUUACAAUCCAGGUUGAAUAAGUAUAUCGAAAUCCAUAACAUUCUCAACCCAGAACAAUUCGGACUCAGACCAAACGCUAGAACAACAGAUAGUUUAUUCAUCUUGCAACAACUCCUUCAUAAGUACACCAAACAGCAUGAAAAACUUUAUGUUGGCUUUAUUGACUAUGAAAAGGCUUUUGAUAGUGUAUGGCAGUCUGGAAUGAUACAUAAACUACGAAAGGAAGGAAUAAAAGGAAAAUUCCUGAAGGUCAUCAAAUCGAUGUAUUCAUCAAUUAGGAGCUGUGAGAUGGUUAAUCAAAACACAAUGACUGAGAGCUCCCUAUGUAACAAAGGCAUACGGCAAGGGGACGGCUUAAGCCCAGUGUUAUUUUCUUUAUUUAUGACUGACUUGCCGGAGUAUUUUAGAGUACAUAACUGCCCUGGGGUAAAGUCAGGUAAUCAAUCACUAAAUUGCCUGAUGUAUGCUGAUGAUCUGUUAGUAAUUAGUAAUUCACCAGAGGGAUUGCAACAAUCGCUGAAUGUAAUUUAUAAACACGCUCAAGAAUGGAAGCUCAAAGUAAAUACUAAAAAAUCUAAUAUCAUCAUAUUUAGCGGAAAUUGACAAAACAAAAACAAAACAGAUUUCAAAUACACAAAUGAAAGUAUAGACAUUGUUAACAAGCAAACAUACCUAGGAACAGAAAUGACAUCAUCUGGUCGUUAGGCCUAUGCAAGGGAAAUUCUUAGUAAAAAGGCUACCAAAAUUGAUUACUCUCCAACAUUGAUUCUUCAGCGGUCGAGAUAAGGAAUAAACUUUUCGAUGCCCUUGUUAAACCUGUACUACUUUACGGUUGUGAAAUAUGGGGUCCAGAACUACUAUCUAGUUAUAAGACACAUUUUGAUAAAAGUACAAUUGAGCAAGUUCACAUUAAACUCUGUAAACAAACAUUAAACGUCCCAUGGUACACAAAAAAAAUCCUGUAGCGCAGAACUUGGCCGAUACCCUCUAUCUAUAGAUACAAAGGCCUCCCUUUUAUGUUACUGGCAAAGAUUAGAACAAAAAUCAGACAACCCUCUCUUAAAUGAAGCGUUUAUUUAUUUAUCUAUUUCUUUGAUUGGUCAUGCCGCGUGGGAAAUUUGAUUCAACCAAUCAGAACCACUACCCAGAUCAGGGUAGUGAUGCGUCAUCAGUGUGGAAUUCUCGACUGCAGGGUGUUUCUGAGUGGCUUAGCCUUGGGCAAUGCUUGAAAACACACUUGUUGUUGUUUUAGGUCUUGGGUCAUACAUAUAAUGCGUAGUUAGCUAAUUAAACUAUUAACUCAGACUGAGAAGGUAUUCUUGGCUCGCUCUGGAGAAAAAGAUAAUUAUUGCGUUAGCUUUUAGAUUUUACUACGUUUUAUAUGUUCUGCAUUGUAGUCUUCUUAGAUGCAUACCCUCAAGGGUUAAACAAGCUCUCACAAGGAUAGUGAAAGUUUUGCGUAUUUUUAGGAUAGCCACUAUCUUGAACUUAUCAUACUAUACUACGAAGUAAUUAUCUGCGUCUGCAAAUUGAGCGAGACCAAUGUCAGACUAACAGGGGAAAAACUGAGCGCUUGAGAAAUUAGAUUUGGAAACCUAUCUCUCUUAAUACUUGUAGUGUGGUUGCUAAUUAAGUAAGGCAUGUAUUGAAAUGUGUUAAAAUUACUAUCUAUUUUUUUUGCAGUAAUCGUGCCAACAACCACAAUGAUGCCAACGACACGUUAGUAUAUUGAUAUUAUAUUUUUCUCAUUACACAAAAACAGACUAGAAAGAUGUUUUUUAAUCAGUAACAGGCGGCUCGGAAGAAAAAAUCCGAGCCUCACUUGGGACCAAAAUUUGUCUUAAAUAACCCGAUGGCGGCCUGACUUAUGAUUAUCCGUAUUAUGAGUCUGCAUACCACGGUAGGGAAUAUCUGUAAAUUAAGGUCUUGUCGGGAAAGUAAAACAAUCCGUGAUGCAUUGACCUGUUCUAGAGCAGGACAUUUUAUGUGUUACCUAAAGAUGUGUGUUGUUUUAGCCUUGAAAUCCAGGACAGUGAAUUUGAAUAGACCAUUAACUGACUUUCGCUUUACAUACUGCUUUCUUUUGCAAAUCAUCAUUAUAAUAAUAACAAUAGUAAUAAUAAUAAUAAUAAUAAUAAUAAUAAUAAUACUAACAAUAGUAAUAAUAAUUAUUAUAAUAAUAAUAAUAAUUUUUUUAAUUAAAAUGAUACAAAACUUGAUUCAUAGAUUUAAAAAAAUAAACUAUUUACAGAUUCAAGAAUAUGAAAUAUUUAAGAAUUAUUCCACGAGGGCACGUUGGAUAUGAGAUGAUAGAUAGCCAACGAGGCGCAUAGCGCCGAGUUGGCUAUAAUCUUUUCAUAUCCAACAAGCCCGAGUGGAAUAAUUGUUUUAUUAAAAACGCCCACAAAAUCUCGCUGAAUCGCCCCGACUAGAACAAACCGGAAAAGACAAGGGACUUCCGCUAUUCACAUGUCACACGUCUAUCAAAACUGUCAACGCGCGAACGGACUCGCCUAGACUGCAUGAAUGAAAAAUCAAAACAUCGUAGCGAUGAACAUUAGUUUUUUAAACACUCAUAAUGAUUCUAGGAUUUUAGCCAGCAGAACAGCUUAAAAAACCUGGCAGAUAAUGUGAAGGAAAGGAAUUUUUAAGUGACAGCCGUCGAAAUUACUAUGAAUUUGGAUUUUCGGUGCAGUUAUAAAAGUAAGAACAACGGAGAAAAACUACCGGUAUUACCUCGGUCGCUUGUUAUGAAGUUGUUUGAAGCCACAAGCUGGUUUUGCUGAACGAGAAAAGAAGCUAUACUGCCGCCUCGAUUGCUCUAGUGAAUGGCUGCAUAGCCUGUAUUUGUAGCUCGUUACUUGUGAUUUAUAUUCUUGAUGUCGGAUAAACAAGCUGCAGUUAUCUAUCGGCGAGUGACUCGAUCGGCGAAUGGCUUCGCGAUGAAGAAACAACACUUGUCUUCUUUCGUAGCUUGUCAAGGUACUUUAGUUCGAUGUGUUUUCAUGUGUUUUUCGACAAACUUUCAAACAAGCUCUUGUGGCUUUUUUGUUUGUUUUUGUCUUUUUUCUUUCGUUGAAAUUGCAUUUCUAGUAUUCUAAGAAAUGAAUUAAAACGAUUUGCUACGGGCGCCGUUCUAUCCUUCGCGAAAAAAAAUCUCAGCUAGCUUCCAAUUUUAAACUGACGCGUACACCGACCAUAUAUGGAGAAAGUGGUAUAUUAGCUCAUAUACCAUAACGGCUAAGCCAAUCAAAAUGCUAGAAUUGCAUUAUCCAAUGAUUCAGUUUUUAAUAAUAAAAUAUAUACCCUAUGUACAUUCUUCUUGUGUACGAAAGAGAAUUUUCGUAAAAUGACUAUCUAAAGACUACUAAUAACAAUUUUAAAAAGCAUUAAAAAGUUAAUAAAAAAAAUAAAAACUAUUUAAAAAUAAUAAUUCAAACUGAUAAAAAGUUACUACUUAAAUUCUGGCUUGCGCACUUUCCGGUGUAAUGUCAAUGUCAGAUAUAUUGGCUGCUCUUCUCUUGCUCCUGGUUCUGGUUAAUAAUAAUAAUAAUAAUAAUAAUAACAAUAAUAAUAAUAAUAAUAAUAAUAAUAAUAAUUUUUUUUAAAAGUAAUCAAAUCUUUUAUUGAUAACAAAGCUAACUAUAAAAUCCUAUUUACAAUUAAUUUCACUUAAAAAAAACUAUCCCGUCUAAGCACUAUUUACAUUAUUCCUUUCGAUUGAAAGAAGAAACUUAAUUUCGAUUGAAAAAUAAUAAUAAUUAUUAUUAUCAUUAAUUAUUAUCAUUAAUUUUAAUAUCAUUAAUUAUCAUUUAUUAUCAUUAAUUUUAAUACAAAACUAAUAAUAAUAAUAAUAAUUAGUAUUUACCAAAUCAAUGAAUUGCAAUUUUCCCUCGUUUUGAAUGGCUCCCGUAACUCGGAAUAUCCUUGGCUAUUCACUGUUUUGCAACCGGAGCCAAGAUGGUGUCUCGUUUCGAGACAUUUCCGGAAGACGAAAUUUGUGCGAUAAAUGAAGAAUUCGUACAAACAAAUACCAAGAAAGCGACGAACUUUGGCUUCUCGGUGUUCACUGGUUAGGUAGGAAAUUAUUUUCAUGCUGAAUUUGCAACAAAAUCGUAAAAUGCACUUGACAAAAUCCCCGAAAUGCUUGUAAAUUGUAAACAGAGUUCCUACCACGUGACGUUUUAAUUUACAAAAAGUUACUUUUUUUUCAGUUUUAUCCAGCUGAUUUGGUAAAUACUAAAAAAACUAUCCCCCUCAAAGUCGGUGAACAGCGCUAGAUAGAUACCUCGACGCUUCGCGUCUCGGUAUAUGCACCACUAUUCAUCUUCCGUUCGGGGAAUAGUUGUAUAUAGUAAUAGUACUGUAAUAAUAACCACAUACAUCUCUGUUUCAGCGCCUGUGAAACGGUUGUACCCUUACGAAGGAGACACACUUAUCGACUUCAAACUCAAAUGUGAAAAAAUCAAAAUACCAAGAGGAGGGAUAAGAAUGUAUGGGAAACGUCACAGAAAAUGCUUUGUAUGUAAUAUUAUGUAUCAUUUGUUUAACGAUAGUCAAGUUUUUAUUGAUCAAGACAUAUCAGUGCCCGCGUACUGCUGUUAUUUCAUUGAUUUUGUGAUUUUACUGAGCGAUAACACCUUGUAAUUGGUGCUUUUACCCUUUGACAACCGCUUUGUUUAUUUUCACCCCCACUGGUUAACCAUUAAGCUUCCAGUUUAAGAUACUUAGUUAGGAAGCAGCAAAAUCAGCAAGAACAAGCUUGUUCUCUUAACAAGAAUAGAUAUUCACAAGUGUUCCUCCUUAUGCAAUCAGUUUUAAAAAUCCCAAUCCAUUAAUAUUGCAUUUUUUGUAUCACGAUGUCAGAUAUGUCCAAAUGGGGUAAUCCAGUUUGAGAGGAAUAGAAUAAAUCAGCGCCCAUACCCAUUUGGUCAAAGAUGGUGGUUGAGAUUUAGUUCAAUAAUAGCACCAUACUGGACACGAGUCGAUCUUGGACGCUCAUUCACCAAUUCAAUAUCCAAAGUGUAUUAUCACAUCUAUACCGGACAAGGAGCCUAUGAAACCUUAAGCAAGGCCACAUCUGACGUGUUGAGUGUAUACCAAAGCAAACUUCCAGAAGGAAAAACAUUCCAAGCCUCCUGGGUUUGUGUUGUGACAUGGGUGAAUCUCCGCCCCGCGGAUUUGAAUGAUUUUACGGAGACCCUGGUAAGACUUAAGCCUUGUUGGAGCCUGGGCACCUUUUCUGUUAGCCAAUUCAAUAUCUACGAAAAUAUGCGCCUUAUCAGGACUCCAUUUGCAUGGAUAUCCUGCCCUAGGCUUUUGGAUAACCGUCCAUUUGUCUACAGCCCCGUUUAUAUGGACAAAAAGUUGACCCGGGUACGGAAGAGUCACUCCGCCUACCCGUGCUGCUUUCGGCGUGCCAACUUUUCCUACAUUCCAUUAAAAAGCAUUGCGAGCCGCCGCCGUUUAACUAGAAACACAAGGUUGCUCGGUUAGAACGGGGUCAUUCUUUUUUAAUGGUGGGGGGUCACCCACCUAACCGGGCCCACUUUACUAUAUGAAAACAUUGGCUCGCCCAGCUGGGUCAACAGCUCGGUCAAGGCGAGACAAUAAGAGCGUGCGUGAACGCUGCUGGCUCAGACGAAGGAGUCAACUUUUUUUCUCAUAUAAACGCUGGCUUAAUUUGACUAGGCUGGGAGGGUGGCUGUCUUUCCAGGACAACUUGUCUUCAUUUAAACGGUGCCUAAGUAACUCUCAGUUUUUCUACUAAAAAGCUUACAACGAUUGUCGGAGGUUGUGCUUUUCACAAAUUAUAUUACCAAGUUAUUGCGAUUAUUGUUAAAAAAGGGAACCUGAAUAUUUCAGUAAAAACACUUUACGUCCCCUAGAAUCUUCCUGUAAAAGUACACUAACCCCAUGUCCUCGAGUAAUUAACAGUUUCGGAUGGCGGAAACAAAUGCAAAAAGCCGCCUUAAAACUUUCGAGUCGGCCAAAGUUCUCCUAUGGUAUCCCAACGGAUAAAAAUGCUUUAAAAAAGCUUCAAAUUAACCAAAUAGGUUUCUAGAGCAUAGAGAAAACCAUUUCAGACACUUCUGACGUAUUUUUCACGUUUGGUCGUUAGAUGCCCAUGAAGCGUUACGAGGACUAACCUAAGUGCAAAAGGACGCAACAACCUCCAACAUUGCUGGCCAACAAUGUUGGGAGUUGUUACGUCCAUUUGCCCGUGGCUAAAAGUUUGACCGGUUUCAAACUUUGCGCAGCAACUCCCAACAACACACAAGAACAAAAGCAACAGAGUGAGUGUGCAAAUGGGCGGAACAUGUAACAUCCAACAAUGUUAGGAGUUUUUGGUUAACAAUAUGGCGUCCGUUUGCACUGUGCUUUACGCUCCUUUAUGUUUGGCAAUUAUUAGAUAAUAGUUGUUAAGUAAGACAAAAUCAUUGAUGUAACUGGUGAUUUCUGUUUGCUUUGUCUUCAGGGGAACACAUUUCAAGCAGUUAUCGUCACUGACAACAUAUUCUCUUUCGUUAUAUUUAACUAUCCUCAUAACGGAAUUCAAUAUUCUGCUCCAACCAGCCGGUAAGUGCAAAGCACCCUGAAUUAUUAUGCACAUUCAAUCACCCCCUCCAUCGACUCUCCCCAACACUCGCCCCUUGGAAUUCCCCCUUCACGAUUGCAGGAGAAAAUACUCAGAUAGCAAAAACUAGGUGUAAGCAGCUUGCACUUAAAAGGAACUUUAUUCUCGAAAAAUGAUAAGAAAGGUUAUGGAAUGGAAUCAAGGAGUAAUCUUACGAUAGAUUCAUAAAAAGCAUGUGUACACGCUGUCAAAUUUGUCGGUUUAAGUUUUUGUGUCAACAGUUUCCAUAACAACUGUAACACCAUGCAGUCAUGUCGUGUCAGAUGUCCGGAAGAAAGAAAAGUUAUAAUUCUGAAGACCGCAUACAAAACUGCUGUAUGAUUCAGUUAUCAAACAAGGAGAGUCUAUUACGUCUAGUCGUUACUUGUCAUUUUAUCACCGGCCUGGUAUCAACAGCUGCCCACACUUAUUUUGGUGCUCCUUUUUCGCGAGAUAUCUGUGACCAGUGCCACCCUUUAUAAUAUAGCCUAAAUUUUGGCAAUCUUUAACAGUGUAACCAAGGAGGAGUGGUUUCUUAAGCAAGCAACCGUUUGCUUUUCCAUCGAGCAUGUGCUCCACGUGAUGCCUAAGUGAAAACGUCAAACGACUUCACUUCCUCUUGUUUCGCAAGAGACGUAAAUGAAUUUAAGGGCCUGUUUGCAUCAAAGUGGGGGACCCUAGGUAGGGGAGGUAAGAUGUGGCGGGUCACCCCACCUAUCAUGUAAACGUGAUCAAAUUAAAAUUAAAUUGGGAUUUAGUCCCUAGGAAUUCAACUCCAGUUGGGUUCUCCUGCAAUUGACAAAGAGCGAAAAAGAGCGGAAAUUCCCAUCAGGCUCGCGUUAAGGCAGCACUUGUAAGCGUAAGCAAUAGCCUGCUAGCAGGCUCACUUAUGCGGGCUACGUAACCAAAUGUGCGAGAGCCUUAACUUGUUGUUAAACAGUUUUUAACCUGUUCAAAGUUAAUUUAUUCGCUCAUGGCGCUGGACAGGGGCUCGAUCAAAGAAGCAAACGGUCACUCGUAGUGGUUUAUCGCCCUCUCUAGCGUAGCGUCCGGCCUGAAAAAAUCCACUGCUACCAGGGUAUUAGCAGUGCUGAGUUAGUAUGCAAAUCUUAAAAUGGAACAUUCGAUGUUUAUACAUGAUGCACUACAAUAAUCUGCACUUCAAAUAGCAUUAAUGUAUUCUCUGAAGUAAUGCCUGUUGGAACGGUUGAAUAGAAGCAGCAAAUAAUUAGAACAGCGACGAACUAGGGAGCCUAGCUGGUUAGGUCGGUAUCGUGAUGUAAGAGUAAUUGAGUAGGCUGAGUAGAGGCCAGAAUGUGUUUGUCCUUUAAACAGCCAAUUAGGGAUUCCACUAGAACAUAUAUAGACCAUGUCCCGAAAAGAGUAGCCCGUCGGGGGACCUUCACUUAUGAGUGUUUUCUGGCUUAAGAUAACAUAUACAUUUUAAACAGACAGAAAUACCUUUUUCCACCCUUUUUACAGGUCAAACUACAAAUAUUUUACCGACUAUGAGUUCCUACCUGUCAUUGGUUUCAACGCAGGAGACGACGACAACAAUUUUCUUAAUAUCAAAAGGUAUGCAAUUUUAGGGCUGAAGCUUUACCCCAAAAACGAAGCCACGACUUCAACGUUUACUAGGGAGCUUAAGCAACUACGACAACGACCACAACGACGACUUCAAAAAACCAAAGGGAGUUUAAUGAUUAAAACAACAGCUCUGCACGUGCAUCACGCUUUUAAGUACAUUUCUUUGACUUCCACUGUACGACUACGACGUAAAACCUCUUAAUUUGACGUUUUAUGGGAGACGUGGACAUACGACGACGAAUUUUCCUUCCUCUUUUUGAACCUGAAUAUAAUCCUUAAGAAUUCAACUCCAGGAAAAGUCGCCUGCAUUUGACAUGUUGAGUGGGUCAAAAUAGACGCGAUUAAGUUUGAAAGGACGCAAGUUCAUUUUUUUACCGACGUUUUCACUGCCGUCGUUCGCGUCAUCCUUGCUUAACAAAUGAGUCGCCAUGAAGGGUUAGGUACUGAUUCGGACAAUGUUAUAGUAGCGGACAUGGGGAGGCAUUUCUGCAGGGUUUAUUGUAAAGAUAUUGAAAACUUAUUACAAAUGUAACGAAAUUUAGCUUAGUUGUGGAAGAAUUUUCGAUAUUUUGUGGGCGCUUUUUGGAUAUGAGAUGAUUAUAGCUAACUCGGCGCUACGCAACUCUUUGCCUCUUUGCGGCCAUCUCAUAUCCAACACGCACUCGUGGAAUAAUUGUUAAUUAAUUCAUGAGAAUUUUGCGUGAUUUUCAUUACAAAUAGUUCAAGGAGCUGAAAUAGUUUGUCAAUACACAAAGGCAGAUGAAAUAUAUAUUUUCAAACCUUGUUCUCAAUGAACUGACUGUUGGAUUUUGUUGUCACGAAACAGGUCAGGUACUGUUGAAGCUGAAAGCAUUGACAACCUUCCUGGAAACCAGGAAAACAUACCCGGGCGAUGGAUCAUGCGACUUGAGAAUUCUGCUGGUGAAGAGGAUAGCGAUUUCAAUUGCGUAGUCUGGCUUGAAAAGCACGAGCUAGACCUAGAUUUUACCAACUCUACUAAACCGGACCCUUGUCCCUGUACGUUGGAUCAGGCAAGAGUGGAUGAUAGGUAUACGUGGGUUGAGUCAAUUUUCCCCUAUACAAGGUGUUACUACACGGUCAGACGCUCUAGUAAUAACCACGGUAGAAAGUGUUGUUACUUCAUAAACGCCAAUAAAUUGGGAGCUUUGAUUAUCGGACCGCGUCGUGGUGGUACAAUUGACCGCUUCCAUAAGCUAGUUCCAGAAUUAAAGGAUGACCACACAGAAAGUGACGUCUUGGGGUUUCAAUAUUGCUGCAUUGGAGCAAUCAAAAGGGGGAGACUGUGCAAGUUAUAUUACCAAUUGCGGCCAUCUGAGGGCUGUGAAGCUUAUGUUCCCCCGGUUCAAGGUAGGAUAUUCUUGCGUGUUUGUGUUUUACUUAUUUAUUUUUGGCCUCUCAAUUGUAAGCGAUUUAACUUUUUGCCUCAUUUUUGGCAACAAGAAAAGUCAAGAACAUUAAAGAACAGCCAAUUAUGGGAUGACGAAGCUGCGUACGUGUAAAAGCUGAACCAGCCAGUGUGUUUUUCAUUCAAAAUAACUUAAACUUGGCUCAAAAAAUCCUCAAUUAUACCAUAACAGUUCCUGGGCAUUUUAGGACGCGACUUUCUGUCGAAUUUUGAUGCCUUUCUGCGAUCUGUUUCAGUCAAUUGUUUAGCUAUUGUCAUUACCGGUGGUGUAAAAAAAUCAAUUGGUCUUCGAAAAAGUUUUCAAAACGUGCAACCUCGAUUCAAAGUGUACGUGAACUCGCGAUAUGGCCAACCGCUUCCUGUCAUUGGAUAUCCCAUUUAAUUUUCACGGCUCUUAGAAUGUCAGCUGAAACUAAUAAGGAUGGCGUAUAAUGAAAGAGGGACAGUGUGUGUGUCAUUUCUAAAUCACCCAAGCGUUUCUCUCUUUCUUGUUAUUCAAAAAAACGCAUUUUUAGGUGAAAGUUUGUACAUGUAAUCUUACCGUACUUUGCGAAUUCGGAAAUUCGGAAGUGUUAUUUCUAAUUGUGGGUUAAUGGGACACUUUAUGUUAGCUGACAUGGAGAUAACGGACGGGCGGUCCUACUAACAAUCACCUUACCCAUGCGGUCCAGAGCUUUGCUGAAAAAGGAAACAAACAAAUAAGUAAAAACAACAAAUUAUUACAAUUAAGCGCUCAACACACAGUACUCACUUGAUUCAAAAGACAUAAAAACUUGACUAGACCACGUCAGGUUCUUUGAAAAGUAUCUUGAAAUUUUUGUUGAGAUUUUACUUAUGAUUACCAACUGCUGUCUUGUAUCGCAGCUCCUACUUUUGGAGAUCCUCAUGUUGUGACACUAGACGGCAGAAACUACACUUUCAACGGACUUGGUGAGUACACUAUGAUAGACAUCAACGAUGAGUUCUUCCAGCUGCAAGCUAGAACAAAACGUGCUAAAGGAGGAGGGACAGCGACCAUCUUUGCUGCUGCAGUGGCGAAGGAGGAAAGUACAAGCACAGUGCAGGUUGCUAUGAAAGAAGGAGGUCAGUGGACGAUAAGAGUUUUUUUUUCUCUUUUACCUUAGAUGGCAUCCUAUAAGCAGGUCAAUGUUCCUAACAUGUGAAAUUGUGUGCUUGGAUUGUUUACAGGAGGAUUGGAAGUGCUCAUAGAUGGUAAGCCAUACAAUGACUACGAUAGUUUGACAAACUCCAGCAUAUUUGUCAAUGGAUCUCUAGCACUGUCACGUCCAGAAAGCAACUCCUUCCUCGUGACGUUCCCCUCUGGGAUAUCUGUAACUGUCACUGAACUACAAGGCUCUCUUACUAUAGUCUGCGCUGCACCCACAUCCUUCAAAGGAAACACUAAGGGGCUCUUAGGGACUUGGAACGAUGACACCCUUGAUGACUUCUUGAGACCUGAUGGAACAACGCUACCAUCCAACGCCACAGGCCGUCAGAUACAUUUCGAUUUUGGCUUACAUUGUAAGUCUCAUCGCACUUUAGUGCCACGUCUAUAGUAUUUCAUGUUGUAUAGUUCUUAACAGUGUUCUAGACGGCUACAGUGUACCUUUGUUAUGCAGUAUUUAGUAUAAAUGUGCAGGCAAGAGGUUUAUUAACAGCUGAAACAAGGGGUUCUUUAACAUUUUGUCUCAGUGCUUGACACAUAAAUGAGAAAAAAUAGUUGUUAAACUGCGAAAUCUUUCCUACAGUAUACUUCAUUUUUUUUCCAAUAAUUUGAUUUAUGUUUUAAACAAGAAAAGGCACGUGCAAAGUCCACAAAGGUCUAAUGUUCUAAUAUGUUCUUAUGCUAGGGCAAGUGAUGGAGAAUACAACCCUAUUCACCUACAAUCCUGGAGAAAACACAAGCACUUACGCUAAUGCGUCAUUUGUUCCUAUCUUUUUGGACGAACCAAUAAAUUUUGCAACCAACGAGUUAAGGGUUGCAGCAGAGCUUGCUUGUCAAGGAGACGUGAACUGCUUGUUCGACAUCGCUUCCACUGGAGAUGUAUCUGUUGGAGAGAGCACCAAACAAGUGGCUGUACAAAUUGAAAGCGAAUCACAGGCAUUAGGUAAGUCAGCUCGGCAGUUGAUUGUGUCUAUAUAGAUACUUGCGCGGUAAAAAAUUUGAAACAUUAUUACAUUGUUACUGUCAAGUAUCUUUUUGCCAAGGAUUGCCGCAUGGCUUGAUUUCAGGAUUACCGCUUCCAAGAAGUCUGGAUGUCUGGCCAUCUCAGCCGACAGGAAUAAUAAUUCUUAAAAAGUGAACCACAAUUUUGAAUUGGAAGAAAGACAUUUUCUGAUUGAUGGAUGUUCAAUCAAUCAAUCAAUCAAUCAAUCAAUCAAUCAAUCAAUCAAUCAUUUAUUUUAACACGUUGCAUCAAAGAGCUAGAUUAUUCGUUCAAAAUACGAACGUAUAUAAAUAAAAUCUAUAAUAAUUACAACUAUAUAAUGUUAUUCAAUUUAAAAAACAACUCAAUAAAUAGAUACAUAUAAAAAACUUGGUAUUAAAAACAUAAAAUAUAAAAAGCUAAAACCGACUAAAAAGCCACAUACUAGAAACGUGACUAGGAAAACUAUAAUACUCGUUCUAAAAACAGCUGAAAGCUACAAUCUUGCACUAUAAGACAUGUUCUAAAAGGCUGCAGUUGUACGAUCUGCUUCUGAAGUCAUUAGCAUCACUUGAAAGACGCACUUGAGAAGGCAAACUGUUCUAUAACUUAGUUAAUGAGUAAGUGAAAGAAUUCUUCUUAAAUUUAAGAUUAAGUUAGGUAAUUCCAAAUUCAAGUCCUUGCCUCUUAGCCUAUACGGUGUACGCCUGUAUUUAAAAAGGCUUCCAAUGUAAGUAGGUCCCGUACCAUUUAAGCAUUUAAAAAGAAGUAUUAACGCCUGGUGUAAGCGCCUGCAAUAUAAGGAUUUCAUGCUAGCCGUAGUGAGCAGCUCGUCGUAUGACAUUGACUUGUUGUGCCCGAUUAAUGUUCUCAAAAUAUAACAGUUGCCAUCUUCGAGACGGUUGCGUUGACCCGUACCUAUGCCUACAAACAAAGGACUGCAGUAUUCGUCUUCAGUUGCAAGUAAUACAGUUAAUUACUUUCAGUUGAAAUAGACCUUUGUCACGAGGCGGCCAUUUUAUCCCAAGAGAUUUUAAAAGCUCCACGGCUUGCCUCGCAGUGAGAACGACGCUAGCCGUGCAAAUACAAAGCUUUUUUUAAUCUCUUGGAACAAAAUGGCGGCCGCGUGACAAAGGUCUAUAACAAUACAUGCACAUGUAUAUUUAUUAUGGUGAUGCAACACCAUAAUUGUUAUUUCAAAGAAUAUAAACUGUAUUACAUGCAACUGAAGAUGAUCGUAGACGAUGGAGACAUGUAUUGCUUUAAAUUCAAAGUUGGGAUUCACUUUUUGCGGUUCUUUGUUUAUCCACCAUUUUCCAGACCAAAUGAAUGAAAAUUAGAUUCAAAUCCAAUGGUAUCUCAUCGGCCUCCUUCUUAAACCUGGUUACCAUCCAAUAAAACUGUGCCACACAUCUCUGUCCUUCGUGAUAGUACUAAUUCCAUGCUUAGAUUAAGGGAUUUCCGUCCUUCUUUAAUGCUCAGUCUAAUUUUUUUGCAGAAAAUUUCCCUCCAAGGAUUUUAACAGGACCAACUGAGGUCAAUGUAACUGUCAACGAAACAGUUACUAUUAUUGUGACAGCAGAGGAUCCUAACAACGAUUCCUUGACUUUCACUUUAUCUGGAACACUUCCCGCGGGUUAUACAACGACAGGCGAUGCGUCGUCAAUAACUUUGACUUGGAGGGUCACCUCUGAGGAGGUAGCCGUUUGUUAUUGUAAAUCACGGUUUGUUUUCAGCCUGGUGUGGGGGGCUUCUGAAAAAAUAAGAUUUUGAUUUUUUUAUUCUUCUUUAAUACCGUUUUCAAAUAGAUCUCAUUUGUUCGUAUUUAUAUUUUCAUGGAGACUCUUUUGAAUACUCUGUUUCAAAAUUCAUUUUGACAAGCACUUUACUUUUACAGAUCGAAGUAGACUUUAUUGUGUCGGAUGGAACUGCAACCACAGUCUUAAGUCCAGUCAUUUAUGUUUGCGCAUGUCUUAAUGAUGGAAGCUGCUUUCAUGAAGAAGAAGAUAGCGAGGAAAACAAUGCCAACAACACAGAAAGAUUCAAUAUUCUCUCGUGUGCGUGUAAGGAUGGUUACACCGGAUCCUUUUGUAAUUCAGAUCUUGACGCUUGUGAAGAAAAUUCCCAGCCAUGUUACCCAGGCGUCACCUGUACUGAUUUUCCGCCACCUGCAAACGAAACUGGAUUCCAGUGCGACCCGUGUCCAAGUGGUUACUCAGGAGAUGGGAUUGAUUGCACAGGUAUAUCAUAAUUAUAGGUUAUUGACCAGGCAAAACGGGAAAGGCCAAUACCCAACCAUCUUGUCUUGCGGCUGGACCACCAGGGAAAUCCCGAACGGUGAAGAUGGGCCCUUCUUUCACACUCUGGUGGCCAAUCAGAAGAAAGGAUUAGCUUCAAAUUGCUCACGGCCUAUACAGUCAUAUAAUAAAGGCGUUUAUUGCGACUUAUGAUUUCCGCUUCCAAAUAAUAUCCAGGGAUAUAGUCAUCCUUCAAACGAUCAUAUAUAAUCCCGAGCCGGUUAAAAUUAACUGCAAAGGAAUGUUAGCAUCAUACAAACGCCCUUCGAUACUCAAACAUAUUCGAUGGUAUGGUUUGUGUCGUUUGUUUCUUUAGGUUAUCCAGUUGAGCCCGGAGUUCAUUAGCAGAUACUCAAGAGUUGAUAUUCCAACUACUUUACUUAAAAUGUACUUAGUAUGUUUUCUAUCUGCUUCGUUUCUUUUAGACAUUGAUGAAUGCUCUGUAAACAAAGGUGGCUGUCAACACAAUUGCAUUAACACCCCCGGCUCAUUAGUGUGUAAGUGUGAUGAUGGAUAUUAUCUCGAUGCAGACAAAAAGUCCUGCCAGGGUAAGAACGCUUCAACCUUGUACGUUUGUCUCGUCUUUUUUUCCUCCCAUUUCUUAAUUUGAAAGUUUGUCAGCAUGAAUCUCAUGCUUUACCUAUUGCUUCUCUUUGCCUAAAACUUGAAUCGGAUUCUCAAUGCCACUUCGUUUGGAAGGAAGUAUGAAGAUAAGUGACAGUUUACAGUGUACUCUUGCGCUUUCAGAUGUGAAUGAGUGUUCCCCUGCCAGUGACUGUAUGCAUCAAUGUGAAAAUACCGCAGGAGGAUAUAAUUGCAAAUGUGAUGAAAAUUUUAAGGUGGAUCCUGCUGAUUCAAAGAAAUGCAUACGUGAGUAUUCUUAUUCAAGGGCAAUUAUCGCCUGUCUGUGCCACUCAUGUAAAAAAUUAUUUCUUUAAAAAAGUACGUUUACUUUGAUUGUUCCUAACGUGAUAUUUGUCAUUAUUAUUUUUCGUCAGCUGAAAAUGUAUGUACAGGUCAACAUGGCUGCCAACAAGUUUGUUAUCAAGCCGAUGGACAGGACAAGUGUUCGUGCCACGCGGGAUAUGAACUAAACCAAGAUGGCAUGACAUGCUCAGGUAUUUAUUUAAACAAAUACUUUAUUCAGGCAGCUGAUCAUUUAAAACAUGAGUAGUUUAGGAAAAAGGUCGCUAGAACGAAAGUUGUUACUGAAGUAAUCCAGGUUGGCAUGACCUGUUGUAACUAUCUAAGAUUACCAGUAAAGGGCUUCGUCUCGAUACCCAACCAUACUAGUGUCCUUGUCUGGGAGCGUUCCGUCAGGUCGUGGUUUCUAAAAAAAGAUAUUUAACAGUUACGGUGGACAUCGCAGAAUUAAAUGAAACUUGGCGACUAUGAUUGGUUGCCUAGGGAGGUCUUGGUAAAAGUCUUCUAAGCCUAUCAAACCUUUUUUUUCACUUGGAACUUUCUUGACCGCUGAAAACAAACUUUUUUUUGCAAAUUAACCUUUUCGUUGCUUGAAAACAAGAGCCCGUCUAAAUUCAGCGACGAUUGAUUGAUCGGUCGAAAACUGAGAAGCGUGCUCGCUUCCUGGCGCCCUGCGGCUCACGUAUUGUUAAAUUUCUUACACAUGAUUGGCUAGUUCGUUAGACCACAAACGUAAAGGGAAAGGAAUGUAGUUGGGUUUUCAGUAGCCGUUUGUGGGGAGGAGCGUUGAGUGACGACACUAAAAACGGUUGUGUAGCAGACUAAUCAAAGGGCAACCCUGCUCUAUGAUAUGUCACGUACAAUGGUAUGAUUUCACAUAAUUAUACUUUAACUACUCCUCUUUUCCAGAUAUAAACGAAUGUGAGACUGGAAAAAGUCUAUGCACUCAGACGUGUAGUAAUCGAAUGGAAGGUUACAAUUGCUCCUGUGCAGACGGAUUUAGACUUGACAGUGACGGUUACACUUGCAACGGUAUCCAGUUUGUUCUGACUUGUUAUUCUCGGGCAUAUAUUGAAAGAAAACAAAACUGAUUAAAAAAGAAAAUAUAUAUAGAUAUAUAUAUAUAAAUAGUAGAAAUAAUGAAAAUGAUGAAGAUAAUAAUGAAGAUAACGUUAAUGAUGAUGAUGGGUCCAUCAAGUGAAAUUACCCAUGCAAAGCUUUAAUUAUUUUUGACGAACAAAUAAUUUUAAAUAAAAAAAAGAUUAUUCUUAAUAAAAUAAGACUAAGAAAAUUAGUGAAAGAGGUGCAUGCAAACUGAUAAUCAUUUCCAUUUUAAAUUGACUCAUUAGAUUGUCCACAAUUAGUUUUUGAUUUCGGUAUGAUCUUGGAGAAUUUAACUUUGUUAAACUGUUUUGGUCUACCUCUGUUCUCUUUAUAAGAUAUCGAUGAAUGCAGGGAAUUCACUUUCCAAUGUCAAGAUGCUUCCCAGACUUGUAGUAAUCUCCACGGAUCUUACAAGUGCGUCUGUGGAGAAGAUUUGUACUGGAUUGACAACAAAUGCCAAGGUUUGUUUGCAAAUGAAUUUAGUUGUUAUUUGACUCAAGGCAUGAUCUGACUUUGUUCUGAUUUAUCAAUAAUUUGGACUCAUCUUUAAAGGAUUGUUCAGUCAAAGUUGUUUUGCCACUAUCAUUGGUGAUUUUCUACAGCUUACCAUGUUCCUACAUACAUACAUACUUACAUACAAUAUAUUUUUUUUUUUUCCAAAGGACUUGGUAAAGGGGAAGCUCCUCCACCACCUCCACCCGCAUCAACACCGAGAACACCUUCUGCAGAAGAAACUGCCGAAUCAGUCAGCGUAAAUGUCGGAUUAAACAUUUCUGAGGUGAGCCAUUUUUUUGGCAUACAAUUAGUUCGGAUUUUUUUAAAACCUACCUUGCGAAAAUUGCCGUCAUUUGACUAAAAACAAAACCCAAGUUCCUGCCCCCCGAUAAGCGAAAGCGAGGAAAAAGGAGCACCCCUUCCUCAAUUUGCAAGACGCUCCAGAUCAAACCAAAGGGGCAAAUUCAAUAGUUACUUAAAGGCGCCAAUAUUGAGCCACGAGUUAGACGCAAGGAUAUUGCUGUUUUGGGUUAAUUCUGUGCUAAAGUCAUUCCCUUUAGCCUAUACACGAAAUGUUUCUGUAUAGUUAUGAAGAAGAUAUCAAUAGUCAACAAUAACCAUGAUAACCUUUUUGGUGAUUUUUGCAGGCAUAACAUUAUAACUUGAAAAAAGUUGAGAGUUUUUAAUACAUUUUUAUCCUUGCCCUCGGUUGCAACAAACGACAGGAAACAGUUUAAAUGCCUAAAUAUAAUCUUAAAUAACAAAAUUAACCAUUAUUUUUGGAAUUAAAUUGAAACAAAGACCAUUGCAAGUUUUAGCUUUUUAAAAGAGUCGUCAACUAGCGUGACAUUUUAAUUUCUAGAUCUCUCAUCUAAUUUUUCUUAUUGCAGUGGAAUGAACCAAAAGAGGACGCGUUCAAGCAGUCCGUUGCACAAGCAGCUACAGAUCAUUGCUUGACAGGUAGCAACUGUCAAUCAACGGAAACCAGGUAUUGACUACUUGUCGAUUUAUUGCUUUACUGAUUGAUUGCUUGAAGAAUGGAUGGAUGUUUAAUUCUCCAUUGACUCAUUUCUUGACAGUUUAACUAAAUUUGUGAUCGUUUCAAUAUUUUGAUCCAGAGAUUAAUAAAGUAGCUGUGAAGUAAGGAAUCGGCACAAAACAACAACAACAACAACAACAACAAUAUAUCAUAAUAAUAAUGAUGAUGAUGAUGAUGAUGAUGAUGAUGCUGAUACAUUGUAGUUAUGAUAAAUAUAAUAUGAUAAUAAAUAACAAAAAGACAACAAAUCCACUGCCAUUUUAAGCUCUCGACGCAAACGCAGAUCAGCGGGAAACCUGGUCUUCACAGAGAACCAAGUACACGUGUUGCCUGGUUACCCAAAACAGAUUUCAGUGAGUCCACUCCUGGCGAACAUUUCAUUUUACAUACAGUCUCCAGCUGGAUCGUCGUUUACCGUCAUGCCGAAAGCUGUCGUGGUUGCCAUUGUUCAGAGUUCUCUGGCAAGCAUUUCAAGCGCCCUCAAUGCCAACAUUUCAAGUGUACAAACGCUUUUUGCAGACACAACGACAGCGACAUCUUCAACUCCGCCGAUUACAACCGCCACUACACGGGUGUUACCGACGGAGAAAGAAAGCAAUAUGAAAUAUAUCAUUGCUGGUUGUGUUGCUAGUGGGGUGGUGAUUAUCGUCAUUGUCGUAAUCCUUGUGUGGUGGUGCAAUAAGAAAAAAAGGUACCUGUGA